AUGCAACAAGAGGAACAGGAACAAGGUUUUAGUUCCAUUAGUAACAUCACUCGGUGGAGCUUUCAUUACACUAGCAGUAGCAAUGAUUUCUUUUCGUAUAUACUACAAGAGACACCGAGCAAGCUGGGUGCUUAUUCAAGAAUAAAGCAGGAACUAGAGUCAAAGAAACAAGAAUUCAGCUAUGAAGAAGUAUUAAGCAUUACCAGAAACUUUGAAAAGGUUGUGGGGAAAGGAGCAUCUGGAACAGUCUACCAUGGCUGGAUUGAUCAUAAUACCGAGGUAGCUGUCAAAAUGCUAUCUUCCUCAUCAGCUCAAGGAUAUCUGCAAUUUCAAGCAGAGGCCAAACUUUUUGCUGUGGUUCAUCAUAAAUACUUGACAGGUCUUAUAGGGUUUUGUGAUGAUGGCACCAACAUGGCUCUAAUCUAUGAGUAUAUGUCUAAUGGAGACUUAGCCAAGCACUUAUCAGAUAUAAACGAAAAUAUAUUGAGUUGGAAUCAAAGACUUCAAAUUGCCGUGGAUGCUGCAGAAGGAUUGGAGUAUCUGCAUCAUGGCUGCAUUCCACCAAUUGUUCACAGAGAUGUUAAAUCUAAAAACAUCUUACUAAAUGAAAAACUUCAGGGUAAACUAGCUGAUUUCGGGUUGUCAAAGAUGUUUCCUAAUGAAGAUGACACGCAUGUCCUCACGGUUGUUGCUGGCACACCAGGAUACCUCGACCCUGAGACAACCUGCUGCCAUAACCAAAAGUGAAGAGAAAAUCCAUAUUGUUCAAUGGGUUGGUUCCAUGGUGCUAGAAAGAGAUGUAUAAAGAUAUUGUGGAUCCAAGAUUACAAGGAGAAUUUGAUAUUUACUCUGCAAAGAAAGCUUUGGAAACUGCUAUAUAUGGCUUCCAUCAAUAGGCCAACAAUGAAUUGUGUAGUUGUGGAACUGAAAUCCCUCAUUCUUCUGAUUUUAGUUUUACUCAUGAGAUUUCAACCAACACCGAUUAAAACUAGAAUGAGACCUAGCUAGGUAUGUUAUUACUUCUUAUUAUUGAUGAUCAAUAAUAAUAUAUCUUUGGUGAGUGCAA